AUGAAUGAUGACGACGAUGAUGAUUAUGAUGAAGAUCAUGGCGGUGGUGGUGGCAAUGGUGGUGAUGGCGUUGGUGGUGGCGAUGGCGAUGGUGGUGGUGGUGGAGAUGCCCGACGACCCAACAUCCCAUGCCAUUGUGCGCUGGUGGCCCGAACCGACCGAAAGCCGUCAACAGACGCAACGGCGAGACAGAGCCAGCAACCUUGCAGCGUGGCGCACACUAGGGAGUGGUACACGCGGUAUGACACAGAGUACGCGGUGCCGAUGGUAGACCUGGAUAGAUUCGAGGGAAAGCAGAGCCCAACUCGGAGCGCUCGUUCUGCAUCCGACACAUGCUCGUGCACGCACGACGGCAGCAUCCGUCAGUCGCCCCUCGGCCGGUGGUGA